ACGAGGCCAUUGCAGUGAAGGUUAUYCUGUGRAGUUAAUUAAGCUGUGUUUAUCACGUGAAAAUGUCUUCUAAAACGAAAGUUGUCACUGUCACUAACGGAUCUGCAGAAGGACCUGUUCCCAAACGAACACGAUUGAACAAAGAUCCAGUKAUUUCWGAGAUCUUCCAAAGUUUGGAGUAUGGWCCAGCUCCAGAAGCUCCAAGUGGUGUGAAUGCUUGGUUAGAUAAACAUGGACGSUCGUUUGGUCAUUUUAUYAACGGCAAAUGGGUAAAACCCAAAGGAAGAAAGACUUAUGAAUCCAAAAAUCCAGCUACAGGUGAAGUUCUUGCAUCAACAACUCAAGGUGAACAAAAAGAYAUUGARCAAGCAGUUGCAGCAGCAAAAGAAGCAUUCCAAUCAUGGAGCAAGACUUCAGGUCAUGUGCGUGCACGUCAUAUCUACAGUAUUGCACGCCAUGUGCAGAAACAUGCAAGGUUGAUUGCCGUCCUAGAGAGUAUGGACAAUGGCAAGCCRAUAAGAGAGACUCGUGAUUGUGAUAUCCCUAAUGUCGCUCGRCACCUGUAYCAUUAUGCAGGAUGGGCUCAGCUUAUGGAGACAGAAAUGAGAGGUUGGAAGCCAAUAGGAGUUGUUGGAGGUAUUGUACCUUGGAACUUCCCCCUAAUGCUUCUCUGCUGGAAGGUCUGCCCAGCCAUUGCCAUGGGUAAUACUGUUGUUCUAAAGCCAGCCACCUACACCCGUCUCUCUGCUCUUCUUUUUGCUGAGAUUUGUGCUGAGGCUGGGCUGCCUCCAGGUGUCUUCAAUGUUGURACUGGUAAUGGUGCCUUUGGUAGCAGUCUYGCCACCCACCCUGAUGUGGACAAAGUUGCAUUUACUGGGUCAACAGAGGUUGGCAAAGUGCUCCGUCAAGUGACAGCAGGAACAGGAAAGAAACUUUCCCUUGAGCUUGGAGGGAAGUCUCCUUUUGUUGUUUUUGACACUGCUGACCUGGACAGUGCAGUUGAGGGUGUGGUGGAUGCAAUAUGGUUUAAUCAGGGACAGGUCUGCAGUGCUGGUUCAAGGUUAAUUGUGCAAGAAACAUGUGCAUCUCAAAUGAUACUCAAACUAAAGGAGCGCAUGUCGCACCUUCGUCUUGGAGAUUCGCUUGACAAGUGUGUUGACAUGGGAACCUUAGUUGACCCACAGCAUCUGAAAUCAGUAGCAAAGUAUGUUGAAGAAGCUCAAGCUGAAGGAGCUGAGGUCUAUCAAAAUUAUGCCUACAAGCCUUCCAGUGGAUGUUUCUAUCCACCAACACUGAUUACCAAUGUUCAACCUGUCUCAAAGAUUGUUAUUGAAGAGGUUUUUGGCCCUGUUCUUGCUGUCCUGACCUUCAGAACWCCCAAAGAAGCCAUCGCAAUWGCAAACAACACUAACUAUGGCCUUGGUGCCAGUGUUUGGAGUGAAAAUCUGUCUUUAUGUCUUGAAGUAGCCAUCAGUCUUAAGGCUGGUGCUGUGUGGGUUAAUGGACACAAUCUCUUUGAUGCUGCAGCUGGAUUUGGUGGAUACAGGGAAAGUGGGUAUGGACGUGAUGGAGGCAAAGAGGGUUUGUAUGAAUAUGUCUCACCUUCUUGGCAAGACAGACCACAUCCUGAUGUAAGUGACUUUGAUGUCAAGACGUUUGGAGCUAUGGUGCCAGCAUCAGUUAAAAAUCCCAAUGAAAAUCCUGUGAAAGUUAGUGAUGUUGGCAAGAAACCAAGUAUUGAUCAUACCUACAAGAUGUACAUUGGAGGAGCCCAGAAAAGACCUGAUGGAAACUACUCUAACCCRAUAGUUAAYACCUCAGGGGAGGUUAUAGCACAGGUUGCUGAUGGGAAUAGAAAGGACAUCAGGGAUGCUGUGGAAGCUGCRCAUAAAGCUGCUCCAGGAUGGGGUAAGAGAGCUGCACAUAAUAGAGCACAGAUAGUAUACUACAUGGCUGAAAACCUGGAGAUGAGACAUAAUGAGAUAGCACAGCGAUUAACAGAUAUGACAGGAUGUUCUCUUGAUGAAUCCAAAGCCGAGGUGGAUGCCACCAUUGAGAGAUUGUUUCAUUAUGGAGCAUAUGCUGAUAAAUAUGGUGGAACAGUACAGGAAACACCAUUCUAUGGGGCCACAGUUAAAAUUCAUGAGCCUGUUGGAGUAAUUGGCAUUGCAUGUCCAGAUGAGUCACCAUUACUGGCCUUUGUAUCACUGCUUGCUCCAGCUGUUAUAAGGGGAAACACUGUCAUUGUGGUACCCAGUGAGAAAUAUCCACUUAUUCUMAAGAAGGACUUCCCUAUUCUCAAUUGUGCUCACUCCCCACAAGGAGUUCCCCGUACCGYUAAAACUACUGUGGUCAUAUUUCUGAUUUAA